AUGUCACCGCCGCCAACACUUUAUGUCCAUCCAGAACGUAAGCGCGAACGUAGACGCACACGCACACAAAGUCAUCAUGAUUCCUCUACCCGCAGCCCUUCAACAGCAUCCACUCUCCACUCUCCAAUCUCCAAUGACCGCAUCGAUUCCUUAGGCAAACCUCGACUGGCUGACCAAACUCAACAUCGAUCCCAUCCAUCUCGCCAUGCCCGUCCUCCUUUCCAGUCCACAAACAAUACAUCCAAUGAACGUGUAUCGCACUCCCGCCCCCCCGCUGCUUUCCCCUCCACCAUAGCCCUUCCCACCCCUCAAGCUUCAGCUCCCACCAGACUUCCUCCUUCUCCUCCAUACACGAUUUCAGACCCAGCAACCUUUUCAAGCGCUUCCACACUUAUUUCGACUCAAGCACCACCUAUUGCACUCGAAUUCCUCAAUUUCUUAGACGACUUAGGGAUUUUGCUGCUAUGCAAACCGCUUCUAGAAUUAUGUAACGUGGAAUGGAUUUCACUGUUUGAUGAUAUGGGAAUUUUCUACUUAUGUGAGCCGAUUGGAGCGAUAAGGAGGAUCUUGCGCAAAUUGAAGAUUGGGAGGGUGGAUAGGGAACGAGGGGGUGGAAGUUGUUUGGGGAGUAAGGAGAGGGAUACCGCUUCGUGGAUUUCGAGUUUAAGCAGUAUAGCGAGUGAGGUGAGGAGUGUUGGUGAGAGGAGUCGGGAGAAGAGAUCUUCUAAUGGUAGUGGGAAGAGUAAGGGGAGUGAGGGGGGGAAGUUGAGGGGAAAGAGGGAGAGGGAGAAGGAGAAGGAGAAGGAGAGUCUGAGAGGGACGAGAGGGACGGGGAAACAAGCUGAGAGUGUUAGCGGGAUUGGAAGUGGCAGUGAGAGGAUUAGUGGUGCGAAGAGAAGGAGAAGUGAGAGGGCGGCUAGUAGUAUCGCUGCGAGUCAUUUGGGACAUGGUUUGAGAGGGGCAGUGCCUAAAUAG